AUGGGAAAUCUGUCGGAGGAUUUCGAUAUCGAGGAUCUGAUGUCUUAUGGAGACGAUUUGAUUAACUUAUUGAAUGAUAAAAAUGGGUUUGAUGUGGUAUCUCAGAGUUUUGAGCACUUACGAGCUCUCAAUUUCGCUUGCGACGAGGAUUUCAAUCAGAUACAGAGCUCUAUUGAAGAUUGUAAGAAGAAGGUUGAUGCUUGCAAGAAGAAAACUGAGGAAGCGUAUUCAAAUGUUGAGGCUGGUGAUGAAAUUGAACGCCUUCAGAACGAGCUUGACGAAGAGUUGGAACUAGAGUGCAAGGCAUCGAUUGAUGAACAGAGGGAAUCUAUAAAGAGAAAGAAACGCGACGACUUGAGAGCUGAGAAAAAGCUAUCUAUGUAUGCUUCUGUCACAAAAGUUAUACCGGACUUUAGUGAUCUAUCGAAGAUCUCAGGCUAUAUGGUAGAUCGCGAAAAAAGGGUAAUUGAGAAGUUUCAGUUCGAGACAAAUACGAUGACGGACUAUGAGAUAUGUAACAGUGUUUGGAGCAUUAUAAACAAGCAAUAA